UCUUCGUAUUCUUACCUAUUUAAUUUUAAAAAAAAACCCUUGUAAAUUCAACAAAACCCAAAUCUGCUGAGUUUGAAUUCGUUAAUGGAGAAGGAGGUUGGUUCAGCAGCUUUGGAAGGGUUUUCACCAGUCUCUACAACUAGGAUUUCACGGAAUUCCAGGAAGAGAUCUGCUAGCGGGAGGAAUUUAGACAAGGUAACACAAGAGACUGCUAAUGUGACACCCACCAAACAGGAAGAACACACUCUUGAUCAAGACAAUGCACCGGAUCCCGCAACAGCUUCCGAACUUUCUGAGCGCCGGAAGGCUCUGUUCGAACCCCUGGAACCUAUAAAAAACGUCAAUGGCUGGCGACCAUCGGCUGAAUCUUUGCUUCCCCCACCUGACUUUGAUGCUGCAAGCUAUCCAAAGGGCUGGCUGAUCGGAAAGAAGAGGAAGCUGGUAAAUGUUGAUGUUGUCGAGAGCAUGCGAAGGAUUGCAGUCCAGGAAAUGAACAGAAAGGACAGGGAAAUUGAUGGGUUGAACGAGCAGUUGGAAGAAGAUGCUCGGUGCUUAGAACACAUGCAACUUCAGCUUCUACAAGAGAAAAGUAAAAGGUCGGAGGUGGAGAGAGAAAACGCAAUGCUUCAAGAACAGAUAUCGAUGCUGAUGAACAUGUUGUAGGAAGGAGAGGAGGGUCCGGAUGAUGAUGAACCUUGAA